GAGCAUUGUGAACAGCUGACAAGCCGGCCUUGUGUCCGAUUGGAAUUUCAUUCCCUUUCGAAAUUGUUUUUUUUUAUUAAAAAUUAUGCGUAUUUUGGUUCUUUAUGGCAGUCAAACUGGCACCGCACAGGAUGUGGCUGAACAGAUAUGGCGCGAAUCGCGUCAAUGGGGCUUCCAGGGCCCAGUACUCUCUCUUGAGGAUUACAAUAUGCAGCAGUUGAUAGAGGAGCGCCUCGUGAUCUUUGUGGUGGCCACCACCGGCGAUGGCAUGGAGCCCGACAAUAUGAAACAAGCCUGGCGCUUUCUACUGAAACGGAGCUUGCCGAGCAGCUCACUGGAUGGUUUACAAUUCGCUUGCCUUGGACUCGGUGACUCCAGCUACCCGAAAUUCAAUUAUGCAGCCAAAAAGCUGCACAAGCGCCUGUUGAAUCUUGGCGCCAAAUCUAUUUGCCCGCUUGGCCUAUGUGACGAUCAGCAUGACUACGGCCACUUGGGCACAUCGCUUGCCUGGAUAGCGGAUCUGUGGCAGACACUGAGCAGCACAUCGGCUGUGCGCAAGCAGCCGGAGCAGGAGAUCGUGAAGCGGUGGAAGGUGCGUGUGCUAGAGCAACAGCCGGCUCUGAGUGAGGAGCGCCUGCAUUGGACACAGCGGCAGGAAGCACACGUUUUCAAAUUAAUCGAAAACACACGCACCACAGCCGAGGAUCACUUUCAGGACGUGCGUUUGCUGCGACUUAGCAGCGCGCAAACGAUCACCUGGCAGCCAGGCGAUGUGCUCGAAGUGCAGCCACAAAAUAGCCGUGAAAAUGUUCAGGAAUUCUUUGAUUUGCUCAAAGAACACCAGCUCGACUUUGAUGCCAGCACCGUGGUCGAAGUGAGCAGUGCUCACGCAGAUUUGCCGCUGCCUUUGCCUUACGCCGCGCCCAUAUCGCUGCAGCAGGCAGCCAGGUAUAUUUGGGAUUUGAGUGCCAGGCCCAGGCAACGCUUGCUUGAGGUGCUCGCACAGAACUGUGAGGAUGAGAUGGAGCGCGAGAAACUUCUGGAGUUUUGCAGCGCAGAAGGUCUCGACGAUCUGAUAGCCUAUGUGAACAGGCCGCGUCGCACGCUUUUGGAGCUGUUGAGUGAUUUCCGGCAUGCCAUGUCCAAGCUGACGCUAUCGCAGCUAUUCGAAAUGAUGCCUUUAAUACAAACGCGCAGCUUUUCCAUUGCGUCGGCCGCCGCAAGCGGCACGCUCGAUUUGCUAGUCGCCGUGGUCAAUUACAAGACCAUAAUGCAUACGCCGCGCUUGGGCCUGUGCUCCAACUGGCUAAAGGGCCUACAGGCAGGCGAGGAGCUGCGCGCCGCUAUCAAGCCGGGCACCAUGAACUGGCCCAAAGAGCCCGAAACACCUCUAAUCAUGAUUGGACCCGGCACAGGCAUAGCGCCCUUUCGCAGCAUUAUACAGGAACGCCUGCAUCAGCAGCAGCUGGGCCACGAUACGGGUCCGCUUGUUGUGUUCUUUGGCUGUCGCAACAAGGCCAAAGAUUACCACUUUAUGGAAGACUUUAAGGCGUGGCAGGUUGAUCAAAGCGUGGAGGUUCAUGUAGCCUUCUCGCGCGACCAGGAGAACAAGGUGUAUGUACAGCAUCUGAUCAAAGAGUGCGGCGCGCACCUGGCCAAGCUGAUUAGAGAGCAGAAUGCUUAUGUCUAUGUGGCAGGCAGCUCCAACAAUAUGCCAAAAGCUGUGCGAGAAGCAUUUAUUGAGGCGCUGGACAACGAUGCGCUCCAUAUGGAGCAGCUGAUAAAACAGCGACGGUACCAGGAGGAAACGUGGGCCUAAGACAACAACUGACCAAAGAGAGGCUUCAACUGUUAGUUAACAAUUUUGUAAUUAGUUUAUAUUUGUCGGACGGAUAUGGGAAAUACAUCACGUACAGCCUUAAACAUAA